AACAGUGCGUCCUCAGUGCCAGCACGGCCUGAAUGAAUGACUGUGUCCUUCGCCCUGCCCAGAGUCACAAAUCAUGCUGACUGUCGUGAGAAAAACAAAGCUAGAGACCCAAGAUGCAAGCAGAGAAGAACUUCUCUCCAAAACCUAAAGAGAAUUGCCUGAUUUUAUCAUUCAUAUGUUUUGGUUUCCUACAUUCAGGUGAAGUGCUGGCAGUGAACAUGACCAUCUCUGACUCUGUCAUCAGAGGAUCGGUUGGAGGGGAGGCUCUUCUGUCUGUCCGUUACAGCAGUUUCAGCCUCGACCCACCGGUCAUCAAGUGGCAGCUCCAGAGGGAGAAGUCCGUCACGGUGGUCCAGUCUAUUGGAACAGACAUCAUUGGAACCCUGAGGCCGGAGUACCGAGACCGCAUCCUGGUGUUUGAGAACGGCUCCUUGCUUCUCCACAACCUCAGACUGUCCGAUGAUGGAACUUAUGAUGUGGAGAUCUCCAUCACAGACGACACCUUCACAGGAGAGGGCACCAUCAUGCUUUCUGUGGAUGAGCCCAUAUCAAAGCCUUCCAUCCACACAGAGGCUUUCUCCGUCCUGGAGCUCAGUGAAAAUGUGGUCCUCAACUGUUCCCAUGACAACGGAACCAGGACAGAAUACAGGUGGUCCAAAGGUGGAAAGCCCCUGACAAACGAGAGCCGCUUCCUGCUGUCACCGGAUCAGAAGCUGCUGACCAUCAAACGGGUGUUGAUGGCGGAUGAUGACAUCUACAGCUGCACCGUGGAGAAUCCUGUGGGCAGCAUGACCAGCCUGCCAGUCAGACUGGCUGUGUACAAGAGAAGCUCCCUUUACGUCAUCCUUUCCACUGGAGGGAUCUUCGUCCUCAUCACUCUGGUGACGGUGUGUGCCUGCUGGACUCCUUCCAAAAAGCCAAGACAACAACGCAAAAAGUCUCAAUCAAGAAUCUAUGACCUCCCCUAUCAGAAACCAACAAGUCACCGAGAUAAGGGGCACCCAAAAAUACCUCAGCACAAUGGGAUAAAAACAGUGACUUCCCUUUACAUCCUUCAGGAAAAGGAACCCUCAUUAGACGGUUCCAUCAACAGCAUUGAAUCUCCUGAGUUUAUCAAUCCUCCAAGCUACACCACCACUCUGGAGCACUCCCUCCCCAAGUCAGCUGGGCCAGCGUCCUCUAAGUUUACCUGACACCCCAAACAUAUGUAUUUAUGUAUGAGUACCACAAGUGAGGGGUCUUAACAUCUCAUCAUACUGUUGUCUGUGAAAAGCCCAGUCUUUGAACCAUUUUGGGGCAUUUGUCUUGAUUUUUUUUACUGCUUUAGUUUGAUCAAGCUUUCUGUUUUUGUUGUUUUUAAAUAAAAUUUACUUUUGAAUGUGUU